AUGAUCUCAACGUCGAUAUCAUUCAGUUACGAGCCUUACUUAUCGACGACGCCGUCAACUAGGCAAACCCGACUCACUGUAUGGAGUCCGACUCUGCAAGCAUGCAACCCACUCGGACUACCACCGUUUCGUAAAACACCAGUGAACCCGCUACACCAACCUCGUCACCUCAGCAACCCACCACCGUCACCUCGUCAUACUCAACCCGCCACAGGCAUUCCUUUUGCAAUCGUCAACGCUACCAUCACUUCUUUCUUUUUCAUUUCUGAUUUCUUUCUUUUUCAUUUCUGUUUUCUUUCUUUUUCCUUUCUAUUUUCUUUCUUUUUUCCUUUCUGUUUUCUUUCAUUUUCUUUCUUUUUUUCCCUCUCCGUUUUCUUUCUUUUUCCUUUCUGUUUUCUUUCUUUUCCUUUCUUUUUCGUACUGUUUUCUUUCUUUCUUCUUUCUUUUUCUUUCUCUUUUCUUUCUUUUUCCUUUCUGUUUUCUUUCUUUCUCUAUUCUGUUUUCUUUCUUUCUCCUUUCUGUUUUCUUUCUUUUUCCUCCCUGUUUUCUUUCUUUUUCCUUUCCGAUUUCUUUCGUUUUUUUCCUUUCUGUUUUCUUUCUUUUUCUUUCCUGUUUUCUUUCUUUUUCCUUUCUGUUUUCUUUUAUUUAUUUUGUUUUCUUUCUUGUUCUUUUCUGUUUUCUUUCUUUUCCCCUUUCUGUUUCUUUUCUUUUCCUUACUGUUUUCUUUCACAUUUCUUUCUUUUUUCCUUUCUAUUUCCUUUCUUUUUCUUUAUUGUUUUCUUUCUUUUUUUUUUUUACUUUUCUUUCUUUUUUCCUUUCUGUUUUCUUUCUUUUCCUUACUGUUUCCUUUCUUUUUCCUUUCUGUUUUCUUUCUUUUUCCUUCCUGUUUUCUUUUAUUUAUUUUGUUUUCUUUCUUGUUCUUUUCUGUUUUCUUUCUUUUCCCUUUUCUGUUUCUUUUCUUUUUCCUUUCUGUUUUCUUUCUUUUCCUUACUGUUUUCUUUCUUUUUCUUUCACAUUUCUUUCUUUUUUCCUUUCUGUUUUCCUUUCUUUUUCCUUUCUGUUUUCUGUCCUUUUCCUUACUGUUUUCUUUCUUUUUCUUUCUUUUUUCCUUUCAGUUUUCUUUCUGUUUUCUUUCUGUAUUCUUUUUUUUUUCUUUCUGUUUUCUUUCUUUUCCUUUUUCUUUUCUUUCUUUUUCCUUUCUGUUUUCUUUCUUUUUCUUUAACAUUUCUUUCUUUUUUCCUUUCUGUUUUCUUUCUUUCUCUAUUCUGUUUUCUUUCUUUCUCCUUUCUGUUUUCUUUCUUUUUCCUCCCUGUUUUCUUUCUUUUUCCUUUCCGAUUUCUUUCGUUUUUUUCCUUUUGUUAUCUUUCUUUUUCUUUUUUUUUCUUUCUUUUCCUUUCUGUUUUUUCUUUAUUUAUUUUGUUUUCUUUCUUUUCUUUUCUGUUUUCUUUUAUUUAUUUUGUUUUCUUUCUUUUUCUUUUCUGUUUUCUUUUCUUUUUUUUUUUUUUUUCCUUUCUAUUUCCUUUCUUUUUCUUUUUGUUUUCUUUUUUUUUUUUUCUUUUCUUUUUUUUUUUAUUUUCUUUUUUUUUUUUCCUUUUGUUUCUUUUUUUUUUUUUUUUUUUUUUUUUUUUUUCUUUUCUGUUUUCUUUCUUUCUCUAUUCUUUUCUUUCUUUUCCUUUCUGUUUUCUUUCUUUUCCUCCCUUUUUUCUUUCUUUUUCCUUUCCGAUUUCUUUUUUUUUUUCCUUUCUUUUUCUUUUCUUUUUCUUUCCUGUUUUCUUUCUUUUUCCUUUCUGUUUUCUUUUAUUUUUUUGUUUUCUUUCUUUCUUUUCUGUUUUUUUUUUUCCCUUUCUGUUUUUUUCUUUUCCUUACUGUUUUCUUUCUUUUUUCUUUCUUUUUCCUUUCUUUUCCUUUCUUUCUUUUAUUUUUUUUAUUUAUUUUUUUUUUUUCUUUUCUUUUCUUUUUUUCUGUUUUCUUUCUUUUCCCCUUUCUGUUUUCUUUUUUUUUCUUUUCUGUUUUCUUUUUUUUCCUUUCUGUUUUCUUUCUUUUUCUCUUUUUUUUUUUUCUUUUUCCUUUCUGUUUUCUUUCUUUUUCCUUUUUUUUUUUUUUCUUUUUUUUUUCUUUCUGUUUUCUUUCCUGUUUUCUUUUUUUUUUCUUUCUUUUUUUUUUUUUUUUAUUUUUUUUUCUUUCUUUCUUUUUUUUUUUUUUUUCCCCUUUCUGUUUUCUUUUCUUUUUUCUUUCUUUUUCCUUUCUUUUUCUUUUUUUUUUCCUUUUUCUUUUUUUUUCUUUUUUGUUUUCUUUUUUUUUUUUUUUUUUUUUUCUUUUUUUUCCUUUCUGUUUUCUUUCUUUUUUUCUGUUUCCUUUUUUUUUUUCUGUUUUCUUUUUUUUUCCUUCCUGUUUUCUUUUAUUUAUUUUUUUUCUUUUCUUGUUCUUUUCUUUUUUCUUUUUUCUUUUCCCUUUUCUUUUCCUUUCUGUUUUUUUCUUUUCCUUACUGUUUUUUUUCUUUUUUUCUUUUUUUUUUUUUUCCUGUUUUUCUUUCUUUUUCCCUUUCUUUUCUUCCUUUUUUUUUUUUGUUUUCUUUCUGUUUUCUUUUUUUUUUCUUUUCCUUUCCUUUUUCUUUCUUUUUUUUUUCUUUUUUUUUUUCUUUCUUUUUCCUUUUUUUUUCUUUCUGUUUUCUUUUAUUUCUCUAUUCUGUUUUCUUUCUUUCUCUUUUCUGUUUUCUUUUUUUUUUUUCCCUUUUCUUUCUUUUUUUUCGAUUUCUUUCGUUUUUUUCCUUUCUGUUUUCUUUUUUUUUUCUUUCCUUUUCUUUCUUUUUCCUUUCUGUUUUCUUUUAUUUAUUUUUUUUUUUUUCUUUGUUCUUUUCUUUUUUCUUUCUUUUCCCUUUUGUUUCUUUUUUUUUCCUUACUGUUUUCUUUCUUUUUCUUCUUUUUUCCUUUUGUUUCCUUUUUUUUUCUUUUUUUGUUUUUUUUUUUUUUUUUUUUUCCUUUUUUUUUUUCUUUUUCCUUUUGUUUUCUUUUCUUUUUUUUUCUGUUUUCUUUUUUUUUUCUUUCUGUUUUUUUUUCUCUUUCUUUUUCCUUUCUGUUUUCUUUUUUUCUCUAUUGUUUUCUUUCUUUUUCUUUUCUUUUUCUUUCUUUUUUCCUUUUCUUUUUUUUUUUCUUUCUUUUUUCUUUCUUUUCGAUUUCUGUUUUUUUUUUUUUUUUGUUUUCUUUCUUUUCUUUCUGUUUUUUUUUUCCUGUUUUCUGUUUCUUUUCUUUUCCUUUCUGUUUUCUUUUUUAUUUCUUUCUUUUUUUUUUUUAUUUCCUUUCUUUUUCUUUUUGUUUUUUCUUUUUUUUUUUUCUUUUCUUUUCUUUUUCCUUUCUGUUUUCUUUUUUUUCCUUUCUGUUUCCUUUUUUUUUCCUUUCUGUUUUCUUUCUUUUUUUUUUUGUUUUUUUUUUUUUUUUUUUUCUUUUUUUCUUUUUUCUUUUUCUUUUUUUUUCUUUUUCUUUUCUUUUUCCUUUCUGUUUUCUUUCUUUUCCUUUGUUUUUUUUUUUUCUUUUUUUUUCUUUUUUUUUCCUUUUUUUUUUUCUUUUUCCUUUCUGUUUUUUCCUUUUCUUUCUGUUUUCUUUUUCUUUUUUUUUUUUUUUUUUUUUCUUUCCUUUUUCUUUCUUUUCUUUUUUUUUCUUUCUGUUUUCUUUCUUUUCCUUUUUUUUUCUUUUUUUUCCUUUCUGUUUUCUUUUUUUUUCCUUUUUUCUUUCUUUUUUUCCUUUCUUUUCUUUCUUUCUCUAUUCUGUUUUUUUCUUUUUCCUUUUGUUUUCUUUUUUUUUUCCUGUUUUCUUUCUUUUUCCUUUCUUUUUUUUUCCUUUCUUUUUUCUUUCUUUUUUCUUUCCUGUUUUUCUUUCUUUUUUCCUUUCUGUUUUCUUUUUUUAUUUUGUUUUCUUUUUUUCUUUUCUGUUUUUUUCUUUUCUUUCUGUUUUUUUUUUUUUCUUUGUUUUGUUUUCUUUCUUUUCUUUCUUUUUCUUUCUUUUUCUUUUUCUUUUCUUUUUUUUUUUUUUUCUUUUUUUUUUUUUUUUUUUGUUUUGUUUUCUUUCUUUGUUUCCUUUCUUUUUUCCCUGUUUUUUUUCUUUUUCCUUUCUGUUUUCUUUUUUAUUUAUUUUGUUUUCUUUCUUGUUCUUUUCUGUUUUCUUUCUUUUCCCUUUCUGUUUCUUUUCUUUUCCUUUCUGUUUUCUUUCAUUUUCUUUUUUUUUUUUUUUUCUUUCUAUUUUCUUUCUUUUUCCUUUUAUUUUUUUCUUUUUUUUUUUUUUUUUCUUUCCUUUUUCUUUUUUUUUUUUUCUUUUCUUUUUUCUUUUUUUCCUUUCUGUUUUCCUUUCUUUUUCUUUUUUCUGUCCUUUUCUUUUUUUCUUUUUUUUUUUUUUUUCCUUUCUGUUUUCUUUCUGUUUUUUUUUUCUUUUCUUUUUGUUUUCUUUUCCUUUUCUUUUCCUUUCUUUUUCUUUUCGAUUUCUUUCUUUUUUUUCCUUUCUGUUUUCUUUCUUUUUCUUUCUGUUUUUCUUUUUUUCCUUUCUGUUUUCUUUUAUUUAUUUUGUUUUCUUUCUUUUCUUUUCUGUUUUUAACAUUUCUUUUGUUUCUUUUUUUUCCUUUCUGUUUUCUUUUUUCAUUUCUUUUCUUUUUUUUUUUCUAUUUCCUUUUUUUUUUCUUUCUUUUCCUUUUUUUUUUUUCCUUUCUUUUUUCCUUUCUGUUUUCUUUUCUUUUCCUUUUUCCUUUCUUUUCUUUUUUUUUCGUUCUUUUUUCUUUUUUUUUUUUUUCCUUUCUUUUUUUUUUUUUCCUUUUUUUUCUUUCUUUUCCUUACUGUUUUCCUUUCUUUUCUUUCUUUUUCCUUUCUGUUUUCUUUCUUUUUUCCUUUCUGUUUUCUUUCUUUUCCUUUCUGUCUUUUCUUUUCUUUUUCUUUUCUUUUUCCUUUCUUUUUUCUUUCAUUUCUUUCUUUUUUUUUCCUUUCUGUUUUUCUUUCUUUUCCUUACAGUUUCCUUUCUUUUUCCUUUCUCUUUUCUUUCUUUUCCUUUCACUUUCUUUUUCUUUUUCCUUUUCUUUUCUUUCUUUUUUUCCUUUCUGUUUUCUUUCUUUUCCUUUCUUUUCCUUUUUUUCUCUUUUCUUUCUUUUUCCUUUCUGUUUUCUUUCUUUUUCCUUUCUCUUUUCUUUCUUUUUCCUUUCUGUUUUCUUUCUUUUUCUUUAACAUUUCCUUCUUUUUUCCUUUCUGUUUUCUUUCUUUUCCUUACUGUUUCCUUUCUUUUUCCUUUCUCUUUUCUUUCUUUUUCCUUUCUCUUUUCUUUCUUUUUCCUUUCUGUUUUCUUUCUUUUCCUUUCUGUUUUCUUUCUUUUUCCUUUUUUUUUUUUUUUUUUCUUUUUUUCCUUUCUUUUUUUUCUUUUUCUGUUUUCUUUUUUUUCCUUUCUUUUCUUUUCUUUUCCUUUUUUUUUCUUUUUUUUCUUUCUUCUUUUCUUUCUUUUUCUUUUUUUUUUUUUUUUUUUCCUUACUGUUUCCUGUCUUUUUCCUUUCUGUUUUCUUUCUUUUUCCUUUCUGUUUUUUCUUUUUUUUUUUCUUUUCUUUUUUUCUUUUUUUUUUUCCUUUUUCUUUCUUUUUUCCUUUCUUUUUUCUUUCUUUUCCUUUCUUUUCUUUUUUUUUUCUCUUUUCUUUCUUUUUCCUUUCUUUCUUUUUUUUUCAUUUCUGUUUUCUUUUUUUUCCUUUUCUUUUUUUCUUUUUCUUUUUUCUUUUUUUUCUUUUUCUUUUUUUUCAUUUUCUUUUUCCUUUCUGUUUUUUUCUUUUUUUUUCUUUUCCUUUCUGUUUUCUUUCUUUUUUUUUCCUUUCUGUUUUCUUUCUUUCUUUUUUCCUGUUUCUGUUUUCUUUUCCUUUCUCUGUUUCUUUUCUUUUUUUUCCUUUUCUUUCUUUUUCUCUUUUCUUUCUUUUUCCUUUCUGUUUUCUUUCUAUUCCUUACUGUUUUCUUUCUUUUUCUUUAACAUUUCUUUCUUUUUUCCUUUCAGUUUUCUUUCUGUCUUCUUUCUUUUUUCCUUUCUGUUUUCUUUCUUUUCCUUACUGUUUCCUAUCUUUUUCCUUUCUCUUUUCUUUCUUUUUCCGUUCUGUUUUCUUUCUUUUUCCUUUCUGUUUUCUUUCUUUUCCUUACUGUUUUCUUUCUUUUUCUUUCACUUUUCUUUCUUUUUUCCUUUCUGUUUUCCUUUCUUUUUCCUUUCCUUUUCCUUUCUGUUUUCUUUUCUUUUCCUUUCUGUUUUCUUUCCUUUUCCUUACUGUUUUCUUUCUUUUUCUUUAUUUUUUCCUUUCUGUUUUCUUUCUUUUUCUUUACUGUUUUCUUUCUUUUCCCCUUUCUGUUUCCUUUCUUUUUCCUUAAUCUUUCCUGUUUUUUUCCUUUCUGUUUUCUUUCUUUUUCCUUUCUUUUUCUUUUCUUUUUUCUUUCUUUUUUCUUUCUUCUUCAUUUCUUUUUCCUUUCUUUAUUCUUUUUUUCCUUUCUCUUUUCUUUCUUUUUCCUUUCUCUUUUCUUUUCAGUGA